AUGGCUUAUACAAGUCGAGGUGAUGCUAGCGGUAUCUUAACAACACCAAAUUAUGUGCUGGAUACAAAUCUUGGCAGUAAUAAACUACGUGUUACAAUUCAAAUUCAAGGUUUAAAAUCAUCAACUGUACUAGAAUUUCAAAAAAAGCUAAUUCCAAAACUUUAUAAAAAGCCAACUAAUGGUGAAAUUGUAUUCGAUUUACACGAUAACGGUUUUCUAUUUGAAUUUCAUGGUCAACAGGCAUUAAAAGAUCAAAAUUAUUCCCUGCAUAUUCAUCAAUUACCCGGUGUAUUAGAUUAUAAACGAUCACAGUUAAUUGUACGCGAAGAUGCUGUCGAGAUUAUUUUAAUAAAGGCGGAUAAUACUUCAUGGUCAUCAUGUGUAAUUAAUGAAGGUUUAAAGAUUGCUGAAAAUGUUAAAAAAUAAACUUUAAUUCAGUUUAGUAUUGGUUGUAUACUAUAUCACACCGGUGUAUAGGUAAUAUAUGUACAUACGUAUAUACACAGAUGUGUGUAUUUGUUAACUUUCUUGUCAAACAAACCUGCUUUUAUUUGCCUGGGUUGCUCCUAUUCUCUCCUUCUUUCUGUCUAUCUCUCUCCGUCUUUCCUUUAUGCAGUUUAUUUGCCGGAUACUAAGUUAAGCAUUGCCUAUUAUGUUGACUUUUGACAAGUAAAUAAUUGCUUUCGUUUUGUUUUUUGGUGCUUUGUAUACUCCCAGUGAUGAUGUUGAUGACAAUCGCAGUUUAUUCCUUACUUGUUAUUAUUAAUUUUGUUUUUCUUGACCGUAAAGUAUAUUUAUUUUUUUGUUAAGACUACUGUUGUAAUAUUUAUUCAUUUAUUGAUUUAAUUCAAGUUAAUAAGAUAAAAAUAAACAUCUUUGUUUAAGUUGAUUUUGUUCUUUCGGUUGAAUCAUUGAACCGAAAUGUUCUAUGUCUAUGUUGAUGCUUCAAAGAUGUCUUAAGCUGGUUUACAUGGUGUUAUUUAAUAGAAUGGUAGAUGAAUAAAGUUUUGGCGUUUGAAAUGAUGUGUGCUAUUUUCGAUUUUCAUAAUUUAUGCGAGGACUAGGAUACUCAUCGGAUGAUCAGACCGAAGCAGAUAGUCGUAUUAAAGGACCACUUUCCGAGCUUUGAAUUGUGUAGCCUGAUCUAUAAUGUAGUAAAGCAAUAUCAGGCGGUAGGUUCCCAUGGUUUUCCAUAACCAAAACACGUUCAUAC